UAUCCAGACCUUUUGUCCCACACUCCCAUUCACUCUCCUCUUCCCUAUUAGUUUCUCGGACAAACACUCCUUCUGUCUCCGUUUUUUUCCCUCCCUUAGAUUUCGAAUUUUGAAAAAACAAAUGGGUUGUGUUUCGUCGACUCUGCUCAACCACGACGACGAUUUCAGCCAAAUCGGAAGCUCAUCGCUGGGUCACCACAUCGUCUCUCUCACCUCUACCACCUAUGGCCUCUUAUCCCUCGACCCUCCUCCUCCCUCCUCCGACUCCCACACCACUCCUCCUCCUCGGAUCACCCUGGGCUCACUCUUCCCAAGCCCACUCUCCGAACCCAGAUCCCUCCGUUUCGAACCCCCAGAGGUCAUCAACUCCUGGGAGCUCAUGGCCGGACUCGACCCCAUCACCGACAGCUUCCGAUUCUCUCCCCUCCCCCAAACACCACCCCCCAGACCCUUUCCCCCAUUCAAAGAUCACAACAACAAAGAAAACUCAAUCCCUAACUUUCCUGUUCGUUCCGUCGACAAAUCAAGAGUUCUGAAGCCGUUAAACGACCAAGUCCGGCGACCAGCGUCUAAGUACUCGCUAGAUGGGUUUGAGAAGCUGUGCCCACCAAACGGGGAAAGCAGAGUGGUCAUCUACACGACCACACUGAGGGGAGUAAGGCAGACAUUCGAGGCGUGCAAUGCGGUGAGGAUGGCGAUGGAAGGACUUGGCGUGUUGGUGUGCGAGAGGGACAUAUCGAUGGACAGAGGAUUCAGAGAGGAGCUGACAGAGCUAAUGAAGGGGAAAGAAAGCAGCAGCAGCCAAUUGGUUCCCCCUAGGGUGUUUGUGAAAGGGAGGUAUGUGGGUGGAGUUGAAGAGAUUAUGAGGAUUGUGGAAGAUGGUUGUUUAGGGGAAUUGCUGGAAGGUUUGCCUAAAUUGAAGGUUGGGUCCGUUUGUGAGGGCUGUGGGGGUGUUAGGUUCUUGCCCUGUUUUAGCUGUAAUGGGAGUUGUAAGAUGGUAAUGGUAGUGAAAGAAGAGAUGAGCAUGAGCACCCAAAACCACGGCAAGACUGUUGUGGUGAGGUGCCCUGACUGUAAUGAAAAUGGUUUGGUUCUCUGCCCCAUCUGUAGCUGAUCCAAGCACUCAACUGUGAGGCUUCUUCUUCUUCAGGGUCGGUUUUCUAUGUCCUUCAUUUCUAUCGUUGAUGAACAGAAAUGAUAUAUGUAUUUUCAAAAAAAUAAUAUUUAUUGUGUGAUGUAGAAUUAAAUUUGAUAUGAUAUUAGUUAUAUUUAGAAUGAA